AGAUAAGAUGCCACCACAAAGAGUAAUAGGCAAAAACGGUCGGUGAAUGUACCCGAUUACUCAUUACUCAUUAUUAAGAUAUUAACUAUUUAGAAGUAUACGAUAAUUAGAAUUAUACUAUAAUUAGAAUUAUACCAUAAGUAUGAAAUUAAGUAUCUGUACAUUGGCAGCCACUGUAGCCAUCUUUAGUUCUAUUCAAGCUCUGCCAAUUAAGCAACAAGCUAUUUUAGAUAUUGAAACCGUUAAUAAUGAUAAAGAAAUUAAUGAAAAAUUUGAAUUUAGUGAAUCUCAAUUUAAUGAAUUACCAUUAAUUGAGACUGAAGAAUUACAAUCUUUAAUUAGUGAGAAAGGAUUGAAAAAAAGAGCUAAAGUACUUUAUGAUAUUGCUAAGGGUUCAAUUGGUAAAUAUGGUCAUCCAACUCGUGUAAUUGGUUCUCCUGGUCAUUGGGGUACUAUUGGUUAUAUUAAAUCGGAAAUUUAUAAAUUAGGAGGUUAUUUUAAUGUUGAUACUCAAUCGUUCAAUGCUAUUGAUGGUCAAGUUAAUUCUUAUUCUUUAUUAAUUGAUGGUAUUCAACCUAAAAGUUUACUUGCUUUGGCUUUAACCCCACCAACUCCUCAAGGUAAUCCAGUUCAUGGUGAUUUAGUUCUUGUUGAUAAUUUCGGUUGUGCACCUGAAGAUUAUCCAUCUUCAUUAACUAAAGGUAAUAUUGUAUUAGUUCAAAGAGGUGAAUGUUCAUUUGGUGAUAAAUCUAUUAAGGCAGGUCAAGCUGGUGCAUCAGGACUUAUUAUUUAUGAUAAAGAACCAUUACAUGGAACUUUAGGUACUCCAACUGGUGAUGAAGUUGCUACAGUAUCUAUUACUGAAAAGGAUGCUGCUCCAUAUAUUAAAAAAUUAACAGAAGAUCCAACUUUCAAAUUUGAAACUACUUUAUAUGUUGAUUCAGUUAUUAGAAAUAUUAGUACACUUAAUGUCAUUGCUGAAACCAAAUAUGGUGAUCAUGAUAAUGUGGUAUCAUUAGGUGCCCAUUCAGAUUCUGUUGCUGAAGGUCCAGGUAUUAAUGAUGAUGGUUCAGGUACUAUUUCAUUAUUAGAAGUUGCAGAAAAGUUAACUAAAUUUAAAGUUAAUAAUGCCGUUAGAUUCGCUUGGUGGGCUGCUGAAGAAGAAGGUUUACUUGGAUCUGAUUAUUAUGCCAAUUCAUUAUCUCCAGAAGAAAAUGCUAAACUUAGACUCUUUAUGGAUUAUGAUAUGAUGGCUUCACCUAAUUACGAAUAUGAAGUUUAUGAUGCUAACAAUGUUGAUCAUCCAAAUGGUUCCGGUACUUUAAAGGAUUUAUAUAUAGAUUGGUAUGUUAAGCAUGGUCUCAACUAUACUUUGGUUCCAUUUGAUGGUAGAUCUGAUUAUGUAGGAUUUAUUGAUAAUGGUAUCCCAGCUGGAGGUAUUGCUACAGGUGCUGAAGGGCUCAAAUCCUCUAAGGGAGUCGCUAAGUUUGGAGGUGUCGCUGGUGAACAAUUCGAUCAAUGUUAUCAUCAAUUAUGUGAUGAUUUAUCUAAUCCAGACUAUGAAGCUUGGGUUAUCAAUACCAAAUUGAUUGCUCAUUCUGUUGCCACAUAUGCCAAAUCAUUUGAUGAUUUCCCCAUUAGAGACACUAUCAUUACUUCAUCGAACUCAAAGUCUGGUAAUGACUUCAAGUACCAUGGCUCUAGAUUGAUUAUGUAAGAUUUUCUUUCCCAUAGUAAUUUCUCUAGAUUAAAAUAAUAAAAGUUAGAAUUGAAUAUCAAUAUCAUAUUACUAUUAAUAGUUCUGU